AUGUCUUCCAAUAUCAACCCAUCCUCCGCCCGCUCUCCGCCCAGCUUCGACAUCAACUCGAUCGAUGAAACAGGACAACAGCAGGGAGAUGACAAACAUGAUGCAGGGACAUACUCCUACAAGGAAAUCGGUGCCAACAAUACAAUCAAAAACUAUGUGUCUGAAAGGUCAGAGGAGUUUCGUCGCCUUCAAGAACUUCGGAAGAAGGGAUGGGAAAGCGAGAAAGGAGAUGAACAUUUCCGGAAGCAACGACGGUCGGCAGAUACGGCUUCAAACAAGAAUGCUGAGUAUUUCUACAACAUGAUGCAAGGCAUUGGAAAAGAGCUACACCGUGCUACCAAAGCCUUCAACCUCUCCCACACCACAAAUCAACGAGCCAUCCUGGACAUGUGCAUGGCCCCGGGUGGAUUCACGGCAUCCGUGUUGAAGAAAUACCCCGACGCCCAGGUUAGGGCAAUGAGUUUGCCAGUGGAGCAAGGCGGGCACGAAGUCUUGCUGAAGCGAGACAACCUUGCGGUUGAAUUUCUUGAUGUUACGAUGCUUGCGGGAGACAUGGGUCUUACCAAAGACGAUAUACCAAUCUCUCAUCCGGAAAGAGAGACGUUUAUUCUGGAGAAGAAAUUCUCGCCAGAGGAGAAGUUUGAUCUAGCAUUAUGCGAUGGUCAAGUCCUCCGAACCCACCAACGUUCUGAGUGGAGAGAGCUUUACGAAGCUCGCCGCCUGGCAAAUUCUCAACUCGCGCUGAGUCUUGAGCAUCUGAACUCUGGCGGUACCAUGGUUAUUCUCCUACACAAGCUAGAGGCAUGGGGCAGUGUAAAGCUCAUCCACACCCUCAGCAAGUUCUCCACGGUGAAGCUCUUUAAGCACCCCAAGUGUCACGCGAUGAGAUCAUCAUUCUACGUUGUGGCUAGGAAUGUUCAUUCAGGUGGGGAGUUAGCCCUGAGGGCCAUUGCCGAGUGGAAAGAAGGUUGGAAGAUUGCCACUCUAGGCACAGAAGAAGAGCGCAACAGGGCGUUCCAGGCUGGCGGCAAAGAGGCUCAAGAGGUUCUGGACGAAUUUGGAGGGAGAUUGGUAGCCAUGGGUAGAACAAUUUGGAGUCGGCAAACGACAGGUCUAGAGAACGCCAAGUUCAUGAAGGCCUAA